UAUAUAUUUGAUUUGAAGUCGAAGAGAGAGACAGAUAUAGAGGGCGAAAGAGAAAUAGAGAGAGGGAGAGAUUGUUCAUACGUUUCUGCAACCCGUAGAAGAGGUGGAUGAACCCUGUAAUCUCUGGAUUCCGCAACACUCUCUGCUCUGCGAAGGCUUUUGAAAAACCUUCACUGAUUCUUUCAAGGUUCAAGCUUAUUUCUAACCCUAACUUUACUGGUUCAGUUCUUUCUUAUUUCGUGGUUCUAGGGUUUAGAACUACUGCGGAUUCAUUGUUCCGUUGAUUGAGCACCUGAUUUUAGGGCUUUUGUUCUCUUCUUCCUUGUUUAUUUGCUCUAUUUCCGGAUUCUCCUUGCGUUUUCUCUUGAAUUGUAUUCCGGAUUUUGGUUCUGGGUAAUGGUUGUGGAGAUGAGGGAUAUGUGGUCUAGGCGUUGGUUUUAGGGUUUUGGUUGUUCUGUUGAUCCUUCCUUUUUAGGAUUUUGGGUCUUUGGUGAUUGUAGGGUUUGGUGAGGACACAUUUUUUGCAGGGAUGAGUGUCGUCAAUCUUUUUGAUGGGUGUAGAGUUUUGGGCCAGCUUUUUUAUUUCCUUGUUUGGGCAAUUCAGUGCUGAACGCUACAGACUUUUGGUUUUUUAAGAGAGACGACUGUGUAAAUAGGUUGUUGAGUGGGGUUGUUCUUUUUGGCUUUUAUUUUCUCCCCAUUUGUAAUGUGAGCCACUUGGAGAGUCAGGGUUUAUUUUGACUACUCGCUGAUGAAACCUGUGACUGCAUCUCGAGAAUUGUGGACACAGUAGAAGUAGUGUACAGAGGGUGAUUAUCUGCUGUUUCCUUUUCCUGGUGAAAAGAGAAUACUAGAUUGGAGGUUUUUUAAUAGGAAACCAAAUAAAAUUGAGACUUUGUUCUUAUUUAUGUCAAGAUAGAAUAGGAUUCAUCAACAUAGUUACUGAUAUGGUAUUGCUGAUAUUGUGGUUUUGAACCAUUGGGACAUGGUAUUUGAACGUAUAUCGUAAUUUUCUGGUCUUUUUGGGAGAAUUCUGAGUUCAUUAUUCUUGUGUACGGAUCUCCAGAAGUCAGGCAAAUGUGUUCGGUUGUCCUGGUUAACAGGUAGACUGUUAGAACUAUUCUUUUUGGCUUCAAGGUCAUGCCUUGACAAUGAUACAGCUAUAAAAUUGAAUAGUGCUCUGAAGGGUAGACAGAAAUUUUGGAUUUUUAAGGUAGUAUCAGUAGAGAUAAGAUUUUUUUAUCAUGGUAAAGAAGCGUUAUGGAGAGAAAUGAGCCAGCAUUGGUUCCAGAAUGGUUGAAGGGUUCGACUGGCGGGGGAUCAGGGAGUGGUGGGGCGACCCAUCAUUCUUCAUUGUCUUCUCUAUCAGCAGAUGAGGCAUCAGGUACAAUUUCCACAAGGAGCAGAUCAUCAGGUAUAGGUGUCGGUGAUCAUGACAACCCUCGCUUUCCAAAUUUCAUGGAUAGAACUUCUGUUUUGCAUGGUCGCCGGAGUUCAAGCAGCAAUUCUGUGCACGACAAAGAUAUAUCCACAUAUUCUAGGUCAUACAGUAGUUUCUGUAGAAGGUACGAUGGAGAUCGGGAUAGGGAUUGGGAAAGAGACAUUGAUUCCCGUGAUAAAGAACCAUCACUUUUUGGGGACCGUGAUCAUGUUGAGGCCCGAGGAAAUUCUAGUAGUAUUUUUGGGCAUAGGGUUGAGAAAGAAUUUUUGAAGAGAUCACAGUCAAUGGUUUCAGGAAAGAGAGGCGAAAGCUUGCCUAGGAAGACGGGAAGUGACAUGGGAAGCCUAAAGAAUGGGUUGCUUGUUGGUGGGGGUCUCAUGAGUAGCAUUAAUAAGGCUGCAUUUGAGAGGGACUUUCCAUCUCUAGGAGUUGAAGAAAAACAAGGAAUGUGUACAAAUGGUGUUGCCGAGAUAGGCAGGGCAACCUCUCCUGUUUUAACUCCUGUGGCACAAAGCCUUCCUUUGGGUACAUCCUCUGUUAUUGGUGGGGAUGGAUGGACUUCAGCUUUAGCAGAGGUUCCUGUUAUAAUUGGAAACAAUGCUUGCAUGCAUUCAUCUGUUCCACCAGUCAUGCCUGCAACUCCUGUUUCUUCUGUGGCUCCAAACUCAAUAACUGGGCUCAAUAUGGCUGAAACAUUGGCUCAAGCACCUACACGAUCGCGUGCACUUCCCCAGCAGUUGCAAAUUGAGACUCAGAGGCUUGAGGAGUUCGCAAUCAAGCAAUCUAGGCAGUUGAUACCCAUGACACCUUCAAUGCCUAAAACCUUGGUGCUCAGCCCUUCAGAAAAACCAAAACCCAAAGUCACAAGCGGAGCCACCAAGGUUGGGCAGCUUCCAACCUCCUCCCCGCUUCUUAACUCUUCUCUCCGGGGCCCCACAAUUCGUCCUGACCCCCAAAAGCCAUCUCAACCUGGAAAGCUUCUUGUACUUAAACCCUCCCGUGAAAAGAAUGGCAUCUCCUCAAUCCCAAAAGAAUCCACAAGCCCAUCAAACCCCAUAACCCGAAUUGCAAAUGCUCCCCUCACUGUGAUCCCAGCAGCCCCCAGAAACCCUAAAGCAGCAUCAACUGAUGAUAAGAGACCUACUUCCCAAGCCCAAAACAGAUCCGAUUUCUUCAAUUCCCUUAGGAAGAAAACCUCUUCGAAUCUCACUCCUAGGCCUGCAUCAAUGGAGAAGUCCGAUCGAGAAAAUCCGAUCACCACAGUGGAAAGGACAGAUGAGGAGGCUCGUGAUUGCUUGGCCCCUGAGAAAGAUAGAGCUGCCCUCCCAGCUAAUGGUGAUGCUCAUGAGGACUGCGCGGGCCUCGGUGAGGAGAGUGUCAAGAAUCAAGCCUCGAAUUCAGUUUCAAUAAUCGUCGGUUCGGAGGAGGAGGAAGCUGCCUUUCUGAGAUCUCUUGGGUGGGAAGAGAACGCCGGUGAGGAGGCGCUUACUGAGGAGGAGAUCAAUGCAUUCUACAAGGAGCAUAUGAAGUUGAGGCCGUCCACAUCUUUGCGCCGAGGAGCCUGCCAGCUGGGGAGUUCAGCAAUAAAGAAUGCAUGAGCAAUGGGCAUUGAGCUUGACAAUGGCUGCAUCAGAAGCCUGACUAGUUGAGAAGUUUAACUUCUUUUUUAAGUAUUGUUGUCGUGGAAUGGGGAGGAAUGAAGUGAACUUUCAUUGAUGAAUAGGGGAGGACGUUGUGGGUACACACUUAAAUGAGUCAUGGCAAGUUGGUGGGUGGGUUACUGUGGGGAAAUUGUCCACGGUGACUUAUUCUCUCACUCUCCCGUCAGGGAAUACAUACACAUUUAAUUUUGUGGAAGUUCAAUGGUAUAAAUUACAUGCACCUGUUGUCUUUUGUGGUCUUUACGUGAUGAGAGAGAGAGAGAGAGGGAAGCACAAUCACUGUUUAGGACUAAAGUUGAAAGAGAAUAACGAAGUGCUGAUCCGCGUGACUUUUAAGUUGGAUUCCCAAUUAAUGAUAUGUGAUAAGGUGUACUCACUGCAUAGGUGGGAACUUGGGGAAUUGAUUGAUUUGAUGUUUGGGAGCGCCCAUUCUGAAUUUU